AUGGAAGAAGAGAACGAUAUGGAAGAGCAUCUGAAAUCAUCCCAUCCUGUAAGCAUCUUGAGACAUGAAACGAUGGAGCUACUUUCAGCGAUGUUAAAUCCACCUAAAUUAUUUAACACAAGUGAAGGUCUUAGUAGGAAUUGGAAAGGAUUUGCUGAAUUAUGUUCCAUUCAGUCGUAUUUGAUAUCCAAUUGGGAAUUUUGUGAUGAUCCUACAAAGGAAGUGUUCAAAAUAUGGCAAUCAAAAGGAGAUGUAGCUACUAUAGAGAAGAUGAUUACCUUUUUGGAGGAAAUAGAUCGAGGGGACGUUAUAGAAGAUGUCAGCAGUCUCAUAGCCAAAGACAUUAAGUUCCAUCUACAGCAUCCAAAAGAACACAAAAAACAGUCUCCUCUUUACCAAGGCCUGGACAGUUCUAUCUUAACGGUAGAUGACUUAGAAUACAUUGGAAAGAAUAUGGAACUCAUCCAGUAUGAUGCCUUCAUUCUAUUCGCAGACGAUGACAUUGAUUUUGCCACCGAAGUCAUCGAAACAAUGGAAAAACAGUAUAAACUGAAGUUCUGUGUCAAGGACUACUUGAUUGGGGGUCUCUUUGAGCAUGAAGCAAUAAUUCGACUAAUUUCUCAACGUUGCGAAAAACUUAUAGUUAUAUUAUCACCUAGUUUCUUCAAGAGUCCUAUGAACAAGUUCUUCCUGAACUUCACACAAGCUCUAAGUCUGGAACAGAGAAAAAUAAUACCUUGCUUGUAUAAAGCAUGUCCUGUGAUGCCACCGGAGAUCAGGUGCUAUUUCAUGCUGGAUUAUACAAAACAGAGGGGAGUGCUUUAUAACUUUUGGGACAAACUGUAUGAAUCCAUAAAAACUAAAAAGGCACCAGCUAAUGCAUCAAACAGGGUGGUAAGAAGAGAUCAACCUCCAAGACAGCUGAUAAUAAAAAAUAACUCGCAAAGAGAUACCGAAUUCAGACUGAGAGCCCCAAGUGUUAACGUAAAAUCCAACAGUCUCGUAGACCUAAGCAAAACUGACGCUGAUCAUAUUCUACCGGAGGUAAAUCUGAUACCAAGUACCAGCGCAAACAGUUUGGGUAUCAGUUUCUGCGAACCUGAAAAAAAAAUAAAGCCGAAAAAGACUAAUUGGCUGAAGAAGUUGUUUCCUAAGAACAGCAAAAAUUAUGAAAAUUGCAAUCAGCAACACAUCAAAGCAAAUGGUGAAGUUGAGGGUAACAGGGAGAAGAAGAAGCUGUGGAGUAAGUGUGUGAAAAGGAAACCAGUAGCUGCCACAUAG